CUUUUUAAAAAAGUCAAAUUGAUACAAAUAUAAUUUUUGUAAUUUGUAUAAUUAUUAUUAGCGUACUUUUUUAACUGUUUUUUGCGAUGAAGAAGGGCAAUACAAGUUCGCUAAUGAAACUAGAAGAUCAAGUGGAUACGGCAUGGCAAGAUUACUCAUUAGAUGCUCCAAAGAUCGACAAUCCUAUUCCUCAACAUACGAAGGGUUUAAGGCAAAUGUGUAUCGUAGUACAAGUCGCUCUUCCACUUUUAAAAAUUAUUUUUGGAAGCGUAUUUUACAAGAGUUGUCCAACUAACCACGUAAUGCCGACUUACAUGAUAGUAGGCGGUAUAUUACAAUUCAUGUUUAUAUUUACGAUGGCUUACAGACCUUGGAGACAGACCAUAUUUCUUCCCCUAUUUGGAAUUGCUACAUUGCUUUGGAAUUUAAUAGCCUCAAUAAAUAUUUUCUUGGAGUGGAAACCGGACUUUUUCCUAGGAGGUUGGAGAUACUGCGAUAAAACAUUUUUUUAUUUUGUGUUUUUCAUAUCGGCCUUUGAAUACAUCAUUGCCGCCGUAUUAGGCCUAUACAUUUGUACUAUAUUUGCUUAUAAAAGUACCGAUUAUAGCGCAGAAGCUGAGACAGCAUCUACUUAUUCGCAAGCGUAGAUGGCUUAAUUGGAUGGUCUUUCUGUUAAGGAAAAUUAGUUUAAGGUUUUAGUAAAAAUAGGCUUCGAAAAGGUUUGUUAUAUUCUAAGAAUAAACUUUUUUUGCAAAUAAAA